CACGGCGGGACUUGCCCGGGCAUGUGCGCGCGGCGGCUUCCGGGCCGGACACGUGUGAGCGGCCGGGAGCGCUCCCGGCUGUGCCACCCGCACCCGGCUUGCCGUGGGCUGUGUGCGCCCUUCUCUGGCAGGGCAGCGUGGGGGCCGCAUGGCACUCAUGCCCCCUGUGCACGCUCCAGCAGGAAUGCCACCAGGCAAGGGACAGAUGACACCGCUGCUGCCCGCCGCGAAGGGCUCCGCGCCCACCCUGCAGGGCACCCAUGCGGCCCCGAAGGGUCCCAGCAAGAAGAAGAGCCGUAAGCACCAGCGGUUCAUGGAGCGCCGGGCUGUGCUGGAGCAGAAGGGGCUGCUGAGCCCCCGUGGGCGCCUGGGCACUCAGACCACUGAGUCAGGGCUGGAGGCACCCACGACACUCAGCAAGGCAAAUGGCACCACGGCACCGCUCUGUGACAAGGUCCCCAAGCCCAAACGGAUCGUGUCUGCAUCCCUGUCUCCGUCUGCCUCUCCAGACAGCAUAGCCCGGCACCACUCCGUGCUGCUGUCCCAGGGCAGUGGCAGCCCCAAGAGGGUGCAGACAGCCUCCCUAGUCCUGCGCCCGGCCAAAUACGUGGCCAUCGACUGUGAGAUGGUGGGCACCGGUCCUCAGGGCAGGCUGAGCGAGCUGGCACGAUGCUCCGUGGUGAAUUACGAGGGGGAUGUCAUCUAUGACAAGUAUGUCCGGCCUGAGCUCCCCAUCGUGGACUACCGCACGCGCUGGAGCGGCAUCACCAAGCAGCACAUGAAGAAUGCAAUUCCCUUCACGGCUGCCCAGGCAGAGAUCCUGAAGAUCUUGAAAGACAAGAUUGUGGUAGGACACGCCAUCCACAAUGACUUCCAAGCCCUGAAGUACUUCCACCCAAAAGACAGAACUCGAGACACCAGCCAGAGCCCUGUGCUGAAGAAGAGGGCAGGCCUGCCUGUCAGAGCCAAUGUGUCCCUCAAGAACUUGGCCAGGCACCUGCUUCAUAAAAAGAUCCAGGUUGGCUGUAAAGGACACUCGUCGGUGGAGGAUGCUCAGACAGCCAUGGAGCUGUACAGACUGGUGGAGGUGCAGUGGGAGAGGGAGCUGGCCCACAGCCUGCCCCCCCGGCCCCCCAGCCCCGUCACUGACCCCGCUGCAGACAGCAGCCAGUACCUGGAUGACCAGUACUGGCCCACAGACCUGAUGGCCAACAGCCUGUGAUGGGGGACAGCGUCUCCUCCAUGCUUUUUGGGCCAUCCUGGUGCCUUCAGCUGCUAAAGGUGGAGGUGACUGCUGACCUCCUCCCCUGGGGCUUGUGCCCAGCACCCAGCCCUGCUCAGGGAUGGAGACAUGGUGACACCUGGACACAAGCAAUCUGCCAAAAAUGCUGUCUGCAGCCUUGAGCUGUCACACAGGAAUAAGGGCUGUGACUGCACCGUGUUCAUCUGUCACCUAGGGAUGAGCAGGGUCCUGUGUCAGCCUGGAGGAGCCUCUGUGGGCAUGUAAUGGGGGCUACCAACACCCCCUAUGCCUUCUGUGGGGUUGUCCUCCUCCCAGACAGCAAGGGGCGAGUUUUCCUGUGGAGGGACUGAGGUGCUUUGCUGAUGCCCAAAGGCUACAACCCAUCUGGGCCAGUAAACAACCAGUUUGCUCCUCACUUUCUUUCAUAGAAGCAUAUAAUAAUGCUGAGUUGAAAGGGAUCUAUCAGGAUCACUGAGUCCAACACCUAGCCCUGCACAGGACACCCAAAGAAUCCCAUGUGCCUGAGAGCUUUGCCCAAACACUUGAACUCAGACGUGCCUGGUGCUGUGAUCACUUCCCUGGGGAGCUUGUUCCAGGGCUCAGCUCCAGGUGUGUGCUGAAUAUUUUGUCCAGAAGGAUACCUUGAGAGAUGGUAUCAAAAGCUUUACUUAAGCCCAAAAAGAUUUCAUCACCUGGUGGCCCUUGAUCAGCGAGGUGGGUACCCUGUUGGGGAAGGAAAUCAGGUUCAACGAGCAGGACUUUGCCCUCAUGAAGCCAUGCUGGCUGUCACCAAUGACUGCAUUGUGCUCCAGGUGUUUUUCAACAGCUCCCAGAAAAAUACUUUGCAUUAUUUUACCUGUCAGCAAAGUGAGACUGACAGGCUAUCAUUUCCAGCAUCCUUGCCCUUCAAAAUCAGGGCAACAUUUGCCAGCUUUCAGUCAGCUGAGACCUCUCUGGAUUCCCAAGACUGCUCCAAAGUAGUUGAGCAGCUCUGUAAGGACAUUCAGCAGCUCUUGGAUGAAUCCCAUCAGGUCCCAUAGAUUUAUAGGGGUGCAACUGCACAAUGAAGUUCAAGAGGAAAGUCUGUGUCUAAUCAAUGUCCAGCCUGGACAAGAGCAUAGAAUACACUUCAUUUUAAAUAAAUGAUUCGCAUAAUUGUGCAGUUCUGAAUUAAAAACUCUUCUGGCUAAAA